AUGCCAACUGUUCUAAUCAUCGGGGCCGGUCUCAACACUGGUAAGGCCGCAGCCGAAACCUUCUCAGCCGCAGGGUACCAAGUUGCUGUGGCAUCUAGGACUCAAAAGCUCGAUUCCAAGUACCAGUACUAUGCAUUUGAUGCUUCGAAGCCAGAGACAGUGCCGACUCUGUUUGAGAAAGUGACCGCUGACCUUGGUGCGCCCAGUGUUGUUAUUUAUAUUUCUGCCGCAGGUCACACCAGCCCUCCGGAAAAUCCAUUUGACGUGGAACUAGAAGAGUUUAGAAGGGGCCUAAAUAUAAAUACCACUUCUCCUUAUUAUGCAGCACGGGAAGCGGUUAGGAGCUUCGAAAAACUUGGCCCUUCUGGUCUAGGCCCUGACGGGGGCUCGUUUUCUGUUUGUAGAACCGCUGUUAACUCUAUAAUAGUUCAAAAAGGUGCCACCUCACAUAUGAUCCAAAAUCUGGCGCUGGCCGAGUAUGAUGGCAAACCAUACAAAUUCUAUUAUCUCGACGAGAGGCACGCCGACGGUUCAUACGUGACUAAUGACUUGAGUGGUAUCGGCCACGCUAAAGAGUUUCUCAAGCUAGCAAAAGACAGCAAGCAGGGACCUUGGGAUUACACCUUUGUCAGCGGAAAGGGGUACGCGAAAUUCCCGCACGUGGAGGUCAUGGCUUGGAAUCCAUAG